CUGGAUGUUAAGACGUGAAUACUAGUCGCUCAGUGCUACGACGUGAUACUAUUUAUAGAAAAUCAGAACUUAUUUUCAUUGGAUUUUUCUUUUCUUAAGAAAAACUUGAACAAAUCUAUCGAAUUGAAGUGAAAUUAUUUGGAAAAAGGUGAAAUUUUUCGGUGGAAAAGGUGUGUUGUCGAUCUCGACUGAAGAAAAUUGAAAAAGUACUUUCGGUGAUAUCCGUGAUGCAGUGAUGAUAAAUUAGUUUCGACCAUUUUGACUAAAUAAUUUUUGUGCGAACCACAUCGCUGAGUAGUCAGCUCUACAAGAUUAUCCCGAAAAAUGAGCACCGAUUCCAGCAAAUUAUUCGAGGAUGUCUUUCGAUUCAAUGAAGAUUCAAGUUCAGUUGUUCGUCAUGCACUCGGUGAAUCCGCCGUGAUUCUGGUAAAAUUCAAUUCACCUGAAAAGCUCAAGCCGAUUGAAUUUACUUGGACUUGCAACGAUCGACCACUCGACAAUCCCAAACAUUUCCGCAUCACCGAAACUAACAAUUCAGUUCAAUUGGCCAUUGACCAUGUUCAACGAGAUGAUGCAGGUGUUUAUACACUAUAUGCUCGUACUAAAACUGGUGAAACAGCACGUCGUGACAUUGAAUUGAUCGUUGAAGAUCGAUCAAGUGGUGAAGAUCCACCAAUAUUUUUACGUCGUUUAAGCGAUUUGUCAGUAAAGGUAGGCACCAGAACCAGACUCUUGGUGGAAAUUCGAAGUUCAACUGAUGUGAAGACAACAUGGUAUCGUAACGAUCGUCGCAUAUGUGAAAAUGAUCGAAUUCGUAGUGUAAAUGAGGGAAACUUCCAUUGCAUUGAAAUAGCUCCCGUUACGUUAGAGGAUGGCGGUAGCUGGAUGGUUCAAGCGGAAAAUUUGGGUGGGCGUAACUCUUGCUUGGCAUUGAUCAGUGUGCUUGUACCCAAAGCAUAUAAAGGACCAGAGUUCAUUGAAGCACUUCGGGCUGUUCUAACUGAACAAGGGACUGUUUCACUUGAAUGCAAAGUCAUUGGUGUACCGACUCCAAGCCUGCGAUGGUUCAAGGACUCCAAAGAAAUUAAGGCUGGAGAUGUUUUUGCUUUAACUGCCAAUCCAGAUGAUCCAACAUCACUCGGUACAUACACAUGUGAGGCCGUUAAUUGCAUGGGAAAAGUUUACUCCAGUUCGAAAGUCCAUGUCGUUGGCAGAGGAAGUCGUGAAGGGUCAUUGAAACCAGCUGACAAUCUUUUGCACAGUUCACCGCCUCCGAUAUUUACAAACGAACUGAAAGACAUAUCGAUACGAAUUGGCGAAACGAUAAUGCAUGGAUGUCAAGUGGUUGUCCCGCCAUGGCCCAAGUCUGUGAAUUGGUACAAUAAAGAGGGUCGCAUCGAUCAUAAUGAAAAAUAUCGCUUGGUUGAAGAUGGACUUGGUGCGUACAUGCUCGAAAUAAAACCGUCGGAAUUUUGUGACGAGGGUGAAUGGAAAUGUGUCGUCACGAGCAAUGAAGGUAGCGUGGGAAUAUCAACAUGUUUCGUCGCAAUGGAUAUCCCGAAAAACUAUCGGAAACCACGAUUUAUGGAGAGUUUAAAAGCUGUCUUAACGGAUGAAGGCCUGGUAUCCUUCGAAUGUAAAGUCGUCGGCUUCCCAACACCAGUCUUACGAUGGGAAAAAGAUGGUGAAGAAUUACGUCCAGGUGACAUCUAUCAGCUCACUGGAACUAAUUCCCUGGGCACUUACUGUUGCAUUGCUAAGAAUUGUAUGGGUGAAACCAGCAGCACUGCAUUGCUAACAUUGGAAGACAUACAAAAUCAAUUGAGUGACGAAGAGAGACUUAUGCUGACUAAACUGAAUCAGCCACCAAAGUUUAUACACGGACUGAAGAGCCAGGAAGCGAAAAUCAACGAAGAAUUUAAGUUUUCGGUUUUAGUCACUGCCACAACAACUGACCCACCAGUUAUAUCAUGGUAUCGGGAUGAGUUACCCAUCGAAUCGUCGGACCGUUAUGUAAUUGUUCGUGAAAGUGCUGGAAGUUGUCAACUAGAAAUUCGUCGUGUAGAGUUUGUUGAUCAAGCCGAAUGGAAAUGUGUGGCUAUCAAUGAUUUCGGUAGCAGUGUUACCUCCUCGUUUCUCAAACUGCAGAUUCCGAAGCAUUACAAAAAACCUAGAUUUUUGGAGUGCCUUAGAGCAGUAAUGACUGACGAAGGAAUUGUGAAUUUGGAAUGCAAAGUUAUAGGAGUACCUCAGCCAGUCUUGAAAUGGUUCAAAGACGGUGUUCCACUGCUUCCGGGUGAUAUUCACCGAAUUAUAUCUGGUCAAGAUGGCACUUGCUGCUUAGGAACAUACACAUGCGAGGCAAGAAAUUGUAUGGGCGUUGUAGCCAGUUCAGCAUCGCUCCUUGGAUUCGAUAAUGCUCCAAUAAAAGCUCCGCCACAAGAGCUGGAUAUACAGCGAAAUCUCUCGUUAUCAACCAUUAACGAAGAGCGAACUUCGCAAAUGUAUGACACUCCCGCUGGAGAUAUAACAAUUGACGAAAAAGGGGACGUUUCAUUUUCAUUUGACGGAAAAGAGGUUUCCGUUUCAUUGUACGAAACUCCUGAUUUGACCGAAGAGGAAGCAAUGCAGAUUGUAGAAAUGUAUGCUGACCAAAUUUCGGAACAUGUUACUGAACACAACAUUGUUGAAUUACCGCCAUUACGUUUUGUAAAAGAAACUCAACAGUCCGGCAAUCUAUUAAUGGAAGCCGUUGUUAUUGACGUUGAUCCUGAUUAUUUCACACAUGUCGAAGAUUUACGAACGGAAGCAGACAUGGACGAUAUUUCAAUAAUGGAAGUGAGUUUACACGGAUUAAGUUCUUUGAGAGAGGAUUCUACUGCAUUAGGAAAGCAAGCAGAAGAAUACGUUCAGCGAACGUUUAGUUCAAUGGAAGAGUCCCUGAAAAUGAAACGGCGAACUGAUUCACUUGAUCAAGAUGAAUAUUUCAGCAUGUCCCAUUCUAAGCAUUCACGUGGUGAUUCACGUGACGCUGAUGACACCGAAAGCGAUCUUCAAACAUUCGCUAGUGCCAGUGCAAGCGCUCACAUCUCGAAUAAAAUUGAAAAUGAAGGUUUUGCCUCUGUGCGAUCAAAGGAAUUACAAAAGGCUAUACAAGACACAGAAAAAUUGCUUGCCAAGGAAGCGAAUUUCGAAUUCGAUGAUUUGACAGAGAGGCAGCCUAGGAAACGGAACGCGUCCGAUACUGAAGGAUCAAAGUCCAGAGAGGAAGAAGCCAUUCUGCGAGAUAUAUCAGGUGAAGAAGGUGACGGACUUAAGUUGAAACAACUACCUAGCAACGACAUCAUCACAGAUCCGGUUGCCAUUCAACAAAAUUUGUCAGCUUUGAUUCCGUUGGCAAUUAGUAUGAAGGUUAUUCACAAACUUUUCGAUGCAGUCGAAGAGGAAGUCGUUAUGCAGUCGGCAUUGAUGAUGUCACCGGCAUCAGCAGGAGGAAGUUUGAAGAUUAUCCGAAAUCUCUGUGAACCAUUAAAUAAUUUCCAGCGAAAAUUAAACGUCUAUUCUGGUCUGACGUCUCUGGAAAAUCUAUUCUCAUCUUUACUAGAAAACCUGAAAGACUUUCAUCAAGGACUAUCUCUUGUUGAGAAAUGUGUGUCAAUGGACGAACAAGGACACACCAUGGUACAGCGUACCAGUGUUUGUGUAAUCGAUAGUGCCGGUGAUCCGAUUUUGAAAGCGCUGAAUGAAGUCCAACAAAUCGUUUCGACUUUCAAAACAGGUCGCCUUCGAAGUGAAUUGGAACUUAUAGUCGACGAUAUGAAAUCGGCUAUUCAAAUUACACAAGACACAAUUAAAUCUCAGUCGCUAAUGCAAGAAGCGUCCGAAUUGGAAGCAGCUCAGCAUUUCACAGACACAAUUGAACGUUUACAGGAUACUGUUCAAGAGACCAUGCCAUUUGAACAAGUUAGUAACGCUGCUUUGCCACCGGAAGCAAAUCCACUGAAAAAUGUAUGCCGCCCUGUAGUGAAAAUUCAGCAAGCUUUAGAGAGUAUUGAACAUGACCUAUCAUUGGAAGAGAACGAAGAUCAACUAUUCUCCAAAGUUCACGAAACCGUUUUGGAGAAGUUGUCACAACCGAUUAAAGAGCUUCAAUCAGAGAUUUGUAAAAUUGAAAAAUCAAUAGACACCACGGUCAAGGACUCACUGGAAGAGAAAAUCAGUAUCGCCAUUUUAGACACAGUAUGUCCACCAAUGUAUGAACUGCAAAAAGGACUUCAUGUUUUAUCGCAACAAUCGGCAUCAAAUACUCGGUCAGGAAUGAUAAGUGUUAGUGUUAUCGAAUCGAUGGUGCCACCAUUGCAAGAAAUUCAAAAUGGUCUAGCUCGUAUCGGCCAAGAUGUUGAAAAUGGAUCACUAGGGCGAGAUUCACCCACAGAAAAUGCUGAUGCCAAUCGACUGCUGCAGUCAUUUGCACAAAGCGUACUCUAUUUUCAAAAUAAUAUUGAGGCACUAUCAGAUAGCUCGCCAUUGGAAUUGCGAUCCAGUAUGCUGACGCUCAAGAAUUAUUUAUCUAAAUUAAUUGAGGCCGUGGUUGAGUCGGGCAUGGGACGAUAUAAUAUGACCAUUGUCGAAAAUAUACGAAAGCCAAUCGAUGAUAUUAAUUAUUGUCUGAGACAAAUCGAAGAAAGAUCAGUGAGCGGAUCAAUGAAAGAUUUAAUUGAACCAUUGACCGCGUUCAGGGAAAAAGCCAAACGGUGCGAAGAUAUUGUUACGUUAACUGGACGUGGAAAAGAUGAUCCGUGCUUAAAAGUCUUGAAAAACAUUCAGAAGACAAUUUGUAACAUCGAAAAAGAAAUCGAUAAAAACGAAGUCGUUAUGGAGCAGAAGAGAAAGCCUGUAAACGAAACUUUAGCAAUAUUAGAUGAACUACAGGAAUGUAUUGCUAGUAUUCGGGAACAAGGUCCCAUGGACCAAACCGUCACGUUAACAGAUCAAGAGGACAUCACAUUAUUGAAAUCCUUAGCAAAGCCAUUGGAAGAUAUUCAUAAAUGUUUGCUCGAAAUUAAAGAAGUCACCGCUUUCGACAGCAUCAAACAAUUAUCGGAUUCGGGUGAUCUAGACGCAUUGAAAAAAAUAGCUCAACCUCUGCAAGAUGUCGUUGAUUCACUAAAAGUGGUAACGCAAGAACAGCAGGUUAUUGAUCCUAUUCGAUCAAUGUCUUCGGUGGAGCCUAUGUCCGAAUUAAAAAGUAUUGCUCAGCCACUUCAGGAGUUGCACAAUUGCAUUGGAUUGAUUCAACACGAAACACAGACAGUGGAUGCAGUGAAUAGUCUCGAAUCAUUUGCACCAUCGUUGAAGGUAGCACGACCAUUGGCCGAAUUACAAAACUGUAUCGGUAAAAUUCUACAACAUAUUUGCGAACCGUUGGAAGAUAUGUCCACCAUGGACGAUAUAUCUGCCUUGAAAACAAGUGCAGAUGUAGCACCGGAAUUUGCAGACAACGUUGUAGAAAUCCAUGAACGCCUUGCCGUAGAAAACGUAUCUGGUAAUGUAGUACCAGAUUUCAUGAUUAAUAAAGCUAAAGCGAAUACCAUGAUUGAGGAAUUGAAAGAAUGUUUGGCUACUGUGCAAGAUCAGCUAGUCUACGAAAAUGUUGAGAAUAUUCCAUCGAAAAGGGAGGCGAUUGCAGCUGUUACAAAACCCAUUCAGGAAUUGGAAAAAUGUUUAGCAUCGAUUCAGCAACAAGAUAUAGAAGACGCUGUCGAAUCAGUAUCAACUCAGACGAACUUGUCGUCGUUAAAGGUUUUGUUGGAACCGCUUCAGGUUCUCGAUAUGAAUAUUGCUAAGAUUCAAAGAGAACAAUGUUUGACUCAGCCUCAGACCCUACAACACCUUGCUGCAAAUGUAGCUGAUCUACAAGCCUUUAUUAGCGAACAGGCUGAAGAUAUAACAGAGAGUUGUGGUCACGUCACUGAAGCCUUUUCAAAUACAGCUGAAGACCUGCAGCGAUGUAUCGCAUCGAUAAAUCACCCGAAUGUCAUGGAAGCACUGGAGUCUCUAUCUUCGCAAACUGCACUAUCUGAUUUGAAAACUUUGAUCAAACCAAUUCAGGAACUUCAACGUUGUUUGGAAAUUCAUGAAAAUAUUUGCGUACAAGAAGCUAAAGAAUUAAGCUCAGAAGAAAAUCUAUCUUUGCUUAAAAUGAUAGCUAAUCCUCUACUGGAACUGAAACAAUCUAUUGCUUCAAUUGAAAUGCAAACGAAGUUAGAUGUUUUUGAAUUGCUGUCGGCUCAUGAAGGUACUAAGCAGACUGCAAGACCAGUUCUUGAACUGUUGAACUGUAUUAAUAACAUCAAUGUAGAAACACUGGAACAUUUGAGUGAUAUGUCGCAUGAAGACAUAUCUGCUCUUAAGACUUGGGCUUCUCUAAAAUCGGAGGCAAAAUAUUCAGUCAAUGAAUUCAACGUUAUUGAACCUGAGCCAACAAAAAUUUCGAGAGAAAAUCUGGCCGCAAGUCUUGAAAACUUGAAUAAGUGCAUGGAAACGUUACAACGACAACCAUCCAUCGAGACAAUCGAUGAAAAUAAUUUAGUAUUGGAAGCUGUCGCUCAACCUUUGGAACAAGUAAAGCAAGCUUUGUUGACGAUUCAAGAAGACGAGAACGUUAAUUUGGAACAAGUCUUGGAGAGUGUCACUGGACCGCUUCUCGUUCUCAAGGAAACUAUUCAACAUCUCCAGAACAAAUUAGAAAAUCAAGAACUUGCUGAGCCGUUCACCGAUUUGCAGGCUAGCCUUGAAACUACUUUGUACGAUAUCGCAGAAGCCUCACCAGCAAAUGUUCUUACUAGCUUGCUGCAGAGGCCAAAAACCGAGAUUCAAAUUUGUCUGAAAGCUAUUGAAGAAACUCCUGUCGUUCAUAACAUACGCAUAGACGUUUUGUCUCAACCAUUGUCAGGUCUUCAAGAUUCAAUUGAGCAGCUGCAGGAGUCAAUUGUCUCACAACCUAGAGAUGACAUUACGAGAAGCAAUCCUGAUCUUCAACGUUUCAUUUCUGCAACUCAACAAGUUGAAUCACAACUAUAUUUCAUCCGAACUGAUAUUGUAAAGCAGGAAUCUCCAUCUGCUGCAAAAAUUGGUGAAUGUAUUUUGAAUCUGAAGACGCAAAUCGCUGGAGUUGAAAAUAUUCUACAAGAAACCGAAACUGUUCAGCAAAUCAAUGUGGCCAAAGCGAUUCAAAUGCUAACCGUUCCUAUUCAAAAUAUGAGUGAACUGCUGAAUCAAAUAACAGUAGAACAGCCAGUGACAGUAAUGGAACCAGUAAAUCAUAUUAAGAUGAACAUUCAAGUUAUGAAAGAUUUAUCUAAAAGUUGUCCACUGAACUUCAACGUACUUAAACCUUUCGAGAAACUAGAGCAUGGAGUUCUCCUCAUUCAACAGUUGGUAGAAAACCGAAACGUUCAAGAGACACAAGAACUACUUAUAAAUGACAUCAAAGAGUCACUGACUGCUAUAAUUAAGCAGAUAGAUAGCGUUGAAAAUGCAAGUGAAAAUCUGACAAUGUCUUUAAUUGAUGUUAAAGAUCAGAUCGUACAGAUGGAACGUACUUUGAAUGCUUCAGAUCAGCAAAUAUCAGCAGAAGACGCAAAAAGUAUAGUUACAAACAUUGAAAAAUUGGCGCCAUUGAUUGAAAACAUCAGCAAAAAACUUCCUGCGGAAGAAAUUAUUAUUUCUUUCAAAGAACCGAGCAAGGCAAUCGAGAAUUUAAUUGGUACAGUUAAAUCGAAUAAUUUGAACGUCAUCGAAAAACCAUUAGUCGAACUUCAGACUGCAAUGGUCCAAUUACAAUCUUUGGUUCUGCAGGACCCAUUACAAGGUCUACCGAAAAGUAAGAAAGAAAUUAAAAAUCUAUCUCUUGCAUUAAAGGAAACAGUCAAAGUUCUGACUGCCAACUUGUCAUCUGACGAAACUAUAAAUUUAUUGGAUACGCUAACGAGAGUUCAAGAUAUUUGCAAGCAAAACGUGACUGUAGAUCCACUACAACUAACUAAAUUAAUAUCUCAAAUAUCUAAACCGCUGGAAAAUAUCAAUCAGCUUAUCAAAUCCUCAAAUACAAUUGAUGUUGAGAUGAAAGAAUGCCAGGAUGUUGUAGAUAUUAGCUCACAAGUGGAACAAAGUUCUGAAAAUGUCAAGAAUCAAGCAACUACGGAAAAUGUCAAGGAUCAAAAGACUACAGAAAAUGACAAGGAUCAAAUGACUACUGAUAGUGUCAAGGGUCAAUUGACUAUGGAAAAUGUUAAGGAGCAAAAGACUAUUACGGAUGACAAUCAGCAAGUCUCAGUUAUUUGUGGUGAAAGUGGCGAUCAACAACCUGCAACUGGUGAAAAUCAACAAAUUACUAUACCUUCAGUAGAUCCAAUAUUUUCAGAACAUGAUGACCCAAAGAACGUUGAACUAUUGAAACAAAAUUUGGAGAUUAAAGCUAAAGAGCUUUUUCGAAAAUCGGAAGAACGGGAAUUAACACCAGAAGAAAAGGACUCUCUCAUGACACUACUUGCAAAAAUAAAUUCUCUCAGUAAUGAGGUUUACGAAACAAUUAUGGAUGCGAAAAUAAUCAACGAAAGUACAGCCGACAUAAUUAUGCAAGUAAAAGAUGAUACCGAGACACAUGAAGAGUUAAAAAAAAACGUCAAUUUCGAAAAUGUUUCCGGCGAUACGCUCGAAAACAUUACUAAUCAAGACGAUAAAGAAAUUGAUGAAAAUGAGGAAAUAAUUGGCAAUAAGAAAAAUGUAAAAAUUUCCGGAGAGACUUCAAUUGGCAAAGAAGAGGUCAAAUUGGUAGCAAUAUUGGAUGCAGAAAUUGAAGAAAAUGAAAAUUUUACAGAGGAAGGAAGAGAUGGUCAGAUGAGAAUGAAAGUAAAUAUUGAAGAAUUGGAGGAAGUAGAAAGUCAAACAGUUGGUUUGACUGAGAAGUCCAAGAUUAAGGAAGAAGUCCAGCAGACUACGGAUCACGGUUCUGAAGAAAAAGGCGUCACAGACGAAAAAAUCGAACCGCAGAUCGCAUCGACAGAAUUCUUAGAAAAUAUUACGACCAACCUAGGAAACACUAAUGGCGUCAUUAAUAUUCUUGUACACAAGAUACAGGAGACACCUAGAAUAAACCUUGUUGAUCUAAGAGUUAUAACACAACCUUUAAUAGAUUUAGAAAAAUCUAUUAAUUCCUUGAGUCAGCAAAUAAGGACUGAACAAAGUAGUCAAACUAAUAGAAAUCAUCCUAUGAUCCAAAAAUUAGUAGAAUCGUUGCAAGGAAUAGAGUCACAACUGUACUUCAUUCAUAACGAUUUAGUGAAAAAUAAUACGCUGGAAGCAAAGUACCUUGCAAUAUGCGUGGCUGAUAUAAAAUUACAAUUAAGCAAUAUUCAAACAAAUGUACAGGACCACGAGAUUUCAGAGGUAGAAAAAGUUGCGGAGUUAAUCGCCGCGGUGACAGUACCAACAAACAGAAUAUUGGAAAUUAUUACCAACUUCUCCGCUGACUCAGCUUAUACAGAAUUGAAUCCUCAAAUUCAACAUGUGAAAUUGAAGCUUGAGGAAAUAAAGAAACUCUCGCUUGAUUACUCAGGUGCUGAUUCAUUGAUUGCUCCUGUUGAAGCAAUUAAAAAUGCAAUGCAACUUAUUCAAGAACUUGUAAUAGCUGAAAUUAUUCAGCCAGUUGAAGAAAAUCUGAAUUCAGAGCUAAAAGAAAUACUUCACAACACUCAAACACAGUUGAAUGAUGCGCUUGGAGGUUUCUCCGAAAAUGUAGCUAUACCAAUAAAGCAUUUGAUUGAUGAAAUAGCUAAAAUAAAUGAAGAAAUACCUUCAACUUCUCAACUUAAAAUCACUGAUUUCGUAAAAUCAGUUGCCACACAACGCACUGAAAUCGAGAACACUCUGAAUGAAAUAUGCAAAAAAUUACCCGCAGAGGCUGUUAUCACAACCCUCUCAGCGCCUUUAAGAAACAUAGAUAUCUUAUUGGAAACAGUAAAAGAUCACCACAUUGAAAAACUAAUUGAGCCCUUUGCUAACUUAAAGAAGACAAUAAAGCAAUACGAAAACAUUGUAGUUUCAGAGCCAUCAGAUCCGAUCUCGAAAAAUGCUCCUGAAAUUAAAGAACUUACUUCUGCAAUGAAGGAAACAAUAAAGUCGCUCACAUCAGUUUUCACUAAAGGUGAAUGCUCAGAACCGACACUAAAUUUGCUGGACAAAAUCGGUAAAAUCCAAACGUUCAUACAACAAAAUGUUUCAAUGAAUCCAUAUGAGCUUUCAAAAGUGAUAUCUUCAAUAGCUACACCUUUACAAGAGAUUAACGAAUUUGUGGAACAAUGUCAAUCUACAGAGGUUGUUUCGGAAUCAGUUGCAAAAGUAGAGCAAAUAAACGUUGUUGAGGAAGUUGAUGUUAAAGAUUCACCUACUGAUCCAAAGCAAGUCGAAGAGACAAAAGAAAUUACUGCUACUAAAGUUUCUGCAAUCAAGGACGAACUUGUACAAACAGAAACACUUCAAACUGAAAGCGUUAAAGAAGCUUUAGCUCAAUCCCAAGAUGUAAAAGAUUCACUUACUGAUACAGUGAAGGUAGAAGAGACGAAAGAUAUUACUGCGCUUGAAUAUUCGGCAAUCAAGGAAGACCUAGAAAAAACUGAAACACUUCAAACUCAAACCGUUGAAGAAGGUUUAGGUCAAGCCCAAGAUCCUAAGGAUUCACUUACCGAUACAGUGAAAGUAAAAGAAUUACAAGAAAUUGCUGCUCCUGAAGUUUCUGCAAUCACGGAAGACCUAGAGCAAACAGAAAUCCUUCAAACUCAAGCCGUUAAAGAAUUUAUGGCUCAAUCCCAAGAUGUUAAAGAUUUACCUACUGAUACAGUGAAAGUAGAAGAGACUAAAGAUAUGGCUGCUCCUGAAGUUUCUGCAAUCAACGAAGAACUAGAACAAACUGAAACACUUCAAACUCAAGCCGUUGUAGAAGAUUUGGAUCAAGCCCAAGAUGUUAAAGAUUCACCGACUGCUAUAGUAAAAGUAGAAGAGACUAAAGAUAUGGCUGUUCCUGAAGUGUCUGCAAUCCGGGAAGAGUUAGAACAAACCGAAACACUUCAAACACAAACUGUUGAAGAAGGUUUGGCUAAAGCACAAGUUGCUAAUGACUCACUUACCGAUACAGUGAAAGUAAAAGAGACACAAGAAAUUGUUGCUCCUGAAGUUUCUACAAUCACGGAAGACCUAGAACAAAUAGAAACACUUCAAACUCAAGCCGUUGAAGAAGUUACGGCUCAAACCCAAGAUAUCAAAGAUUUACCUACUGAUACAGUGAAAGUAGAAGAGACAAAAGAAAUUUCUGCUCCUGAAGUUUCUGCAAUCAAGGAAGACCUAGAACAAACAGAAACACUUCAAACUCAGGCCGUUAAAGAAUUUAUGGCUCAAUCCCAAGAUGUUAAAGAUUUACCUACUGAUACAGUGAAAGUAGAAGAGACUAAAGAUAUGGCUGCUCCUGAAGUUUCUGCAAUCAAGGAAGACCUAGAACAAACAGAAACACUUCAAACUCAAGCCGUUGAAGAAGUUAUAGCGCAAUCCCAAGACAUUAAAGAUUUACCUACUGAUAGAGUGAAAGUAGAAGAGACUAUUGAUAUGACUGUUCCUGAAGUGUCUGCAAUCAAGGAAGAGUUAGAACAAACCGAAACACUUCAAACACAAACUGUUGAAGAAGGUUUGGCUAAAGCACAAGUUGCUAAUGACUCACUUACCGAUACAGUGAAAGUAAAAGAGACACAAGAAAUUGUUGCUCCUGAAGUUUCUACAAUCACGGAAGACCUAGAACAAACAGAAACACUUCAAACUCAAGCCGUUGAAGAAGUUACGGCUCAAACCCAAGAUAUCAAAGAUUUACCAACUGAUACAGUGAAAGUAGAAGAGACAAAAGAAAUUUCUGCUCCUGAAGUUUCUGCAAUCAAGAAAGACCUAGAACAAAUAGAAACACUUCAAACUCAAGCCGUUGAAGAAGUUACGGCUCAAACCCAGGAUAUGAAAGAUUUACCUACUGAUACAGUCAAAGUAGAAGAGACAAAAGAAAUUUCUGCUCCUGAGGUUUCUGCAAUCAAUGAAGACCUAGAACAAACAGAAAAACUUCAAACUCAAGCCGUUGAAGAAGUUAUAGCGCAAUCCCAAGACGUUAAAGAUUUACCUACUGAUAAAGUGAAAGUAGAAGAGACUAAUGAUAUGACUGUUCCUGAAGUUUCUGCAAUCAAGGAAGAAUUACAACAAACCGAAACACUUCAAACUCCAACUGUUGAAGAAGGUUUGGCUCACGCACAAGAUGUUAAAGACUCACCUACUGAUACAGUGAAAGUAGAAGAGACGAAAAAUAUUGCUGCGCCUGAAGUUUCUGUAAUCACAGCAGACCUAGAGCAACCAGAAACACUUCAAGCUCAAGCCGUUGAAGAAGUUACCGCUGCAACUCAAGCCAUUAAAGAUUCACCUACUGAUACAGUGAAAGUAGAAGAGACCAAAGAUAUAGCGGCUCCUGAAGUUUCUGCAAUCAAGGAAGAAUUAGAACAAACCGAAACACUUCAACCUCAAAUUGUUGAAGAAGGUUUGGCUCAAGCACAAGAUGUUAAAGACUCACCUACUGAUACAGUAAAGGUAGAAGAGACGAAAGAUAUUGCUGCUCCUGAAGUUUCUGCAAUCAAGGAAGAAUUAGAACAAACCGAAACACUUCAAACUCAAACUGUUAAAGAAGGUUUGGCUCAAGCACAAGAUGUUAAAGACUCACCUAAUGCUAAAGUGAAAGUAGAAGACACUAAAGAUAUGGCUGCUCCAGAAGUUUCUGCAAUCAAGGAAGAAUUAGAACAAACCGAAACACUUCAAACUCAAACUGUUGAAGAAGGUUUGGCUCAAGCACUAGAUGCUAAUAAUUCACUUACCGAUACAGUGAAAGUAAAAGAGACACAAGAAAUUACUGCUCCUGAAGUUUCUUCAAUCACGGAAGACCUGGAGCAAACAGACACACUUCAAACUCCAACCGCCGAAGAUGCUUUGGCUCAAGCGCACGACGUUAAAGAUUUACCAACUGAUACAGUGAAAGUAGAAGAGACUAAAGAUAUGGCUGCUCCUGAAGUUUCUGCAAUCAAGGAAGAAUUAGAGCAAACCGAAACACUUCAACCUCAAAUUGUUGAAGAAGGUUUGGCUCAAGCACCAGAUGUUAAAGACUCACCUACUGAUACAGUAAAGGUAGAAGAGACGAAAGAUAUUGCUGCUCCUGAAGUUUCUGCAAUCAAGGAAGAAUUGGAACAAACCGAAACACUUCAAACUCAAACUGUUGAAGAAGGUUUGGCUCAAGCACAAGAUGUUAAAGACUCACCUACUGCUACAGUCAAAGUAGAAGAGACUAAAGAUAUGGCUGCUCCUGAAGUUUCUGCAAUUAAGGAAGAAUUAGAACGAAACGAAACACUUCAAACUCAUACUGUUGAAGAAGGUUUGGCUCAAGCACUUGAUGCUAAUAAUUCACUUACCGAUACAGUGAAAGUAAAAGAGACACAAGAAAUUGCUGCACCUGAAGUUUCUUCAAUCACGGAAGACCUGGAGCAAACAGACACAUUUCAAACUCCAACCGCCGAAGAUGCUUUGGCUCAAGCGCACGACGUCAAAGAUUUACCAACUGAUACAGUGAAAGUAGAAGAGACUAAAGAUAUGGCUGCUCCUGAAGUUUCUGCAAUCAAGGAAGAAUUAGAACAAACCGAAACACUUCAAACUCAAACUGUUGAAGAAGGUUUGGCUCAAGCACAAGAUGUUAAAGACUCACCUACUGAUACAGUAAAGGUCGAAGAGACUAAAGAUAUGGCUGCUCCUGAAGUUUCUGCAAUCAAGGAAGAAUUAGAACAAACCGAAACACUUCAAACUCAAACUGUUGAAGAAGGUUUGGCUCAAGCAGAAGAUAUUAAAGACUCACCUACUGCUUCAGUGAAAGUAGAAGAGUCGAAAGAUAUUGCUGCGUCUGAAGUUUCUGCAAUCACAGAAGACCUAGAGCAAACAGAAACACUUCAAGCUAAAGCAGUUGAAGAAGUUACGGCUCAAACCCAGUUCGCUAAAGAUUCACCUACUGAUACAGUGAAAGUAGAAGAGACAAAAGAAAUUGCUGCUCCUGAAAUUUCUGCAGUCAUGGAAGACCUAGAGCAAAUACAAACACUUCAAACUUCAAUCGCCGAAGAUGCGUUGACUCUAGUCCAAGAUGUUAAAGAUUUACUAACUGAUACAGUGAAAGUAAAAAAGACGAAAGGUAUGGCCGCUCCUGAAUUUUCUGCAAUCAACGAAGAACAUACCGAAACACUUCAAACUCAAGCAGUUGAAGAAGGUUUGGCUCAAGCCCAAGAUGUUAAAGAUUCACCUACUGACGCAGUGAAGGUAGAUGAGACGAAAGAUAUUGCAGCUCCUGAAAUUUCAGCAAUCAAAGAAGAACGAGAACAAACAGAAACACUUCAAACUCAAACCGUUGAAGAAGGUUUUGGUCGAGCCCAAGACGCUAAAGAUUCACUUACCGAUACAGUGGAAGUAAAAGAGACACAAGAAAUCGCUGCUCCUGAAGUUUCUGCAAUCAAGGAAGACCUAGAACAAACAGAAACACUUCAAACUCAAGCUGUUGAAGAAGUUACGGCUCAAAACCAAGAUGUUAAUGAUUUACCUACUGAUACAGUGAAAGUAGAAGAAACUAAAGAUAUUGGUGCUCCUGAAGUUUCUGCGAUCAAGGAAGACGUAGAACAAAUCGAAACACUUGAAAUUCAAACAGUUGAAGAAGGUUUGGCUCAAGCACAAGAUGUUCAAGAUUCACCUACUGACAGAGUGAAGGUAGACGAGACGAAAGAUAUUGCUGCUCCUGAAGUUUCUGUAAUCAAUGAAGAACUAGGGAAAACAGAAAUACUUCAGACUCCGACAGUAGAAGCAACCUUGCCUCAGUCACAAGAUGUUACUGAUAGUCCAGAUAGUUCAAUUAAAACAGUCAUAGUUCCAUCUGUGGCAGAAGUUGUUACUGAAACGCAAAAUAUUCGAGAAUCCACAGAUGAUAGAUCCACUUUAAUUCUUUCUGAUGAAGAAAGUAACUCAGUUCGACUGUUGGUGCAAAGUUCACUAAUUGAACUUAACUCAUGUUUACAUCUAAUUGAAAACGUUGCUGACAAGACAAUAAUUCCAUUCAAGUGUAAGGAUAUAGAAGCCUUGAAGUCUCUUGCUAAACCUCUAAAAAAGAUCACUAGUGCCAUUAGCGAGUUGCUUGGGAUAACAACAGUUUAUUCAUAUACAAAUGUUGAACCAUUCUCCUCUGAAUUGAGGGGUGCACUGCAAGAUAUUGAUGUUGUUCAAGAACAAGUUUCAAACGAAUAUCUUUUGGAAAACGUGUCGUUUGAAGUGUAUCAAAGUUUACUGCCCUUAGAUGAGCUGAAAAGGUUGGUUGAAAAUGUUAUGAAGUCAGCUGCUAAUACCGAAAUGAAAACAUUGCAACUCGCUAAAAAUAUUGAAGACUUAACAGAAUGCUUACAGCAUAUACAUGUUCUUAUUGGAAUUAUAUGUGGCAUUACUCCUUCCAUAAUGCAACCCCAAAUUAUUGAAGAAGUUGAAAAUGUUGAGUCAGAGAUUGGGGAAGUACUUGAGAAACCUCAACAUGAAGAAGCAACAGCAUUAGUAGACGAAAAGGACAAUGUUAAAGAAGUCCCGGAAAAGCCGGAGAGAAAGUCGAAGAAGUCUCGAAAGUCAAGCAAAGACGACGGAAGCAAAGACGACGUCGAACUGCCAGCCAAACCGAAACGAAAAUCUAAAAAGAGUGUGGACGAGGAACAUUCUGAAAUUUUAAACGAUCAAGACAAGAAAGGAGAAAUUGUUAGCAAAGAGCAAAUAGUGGAUACAAUUUCUACUGAUUUUGAACGGACUAAGUCAUCUAUGAAAAAUAGUUUGAUGGUACCAGGUCAGGAUAUUGAGAAGUGUUUAUCAUCUAUACAAGAAGCUUCGAGGACAAAAUACUCUGAAUUGAAAGUUUUAACACAACCAUUGACAGAUCUUAAGAAGACUAUUGACAACUUUUCGAACCAAGUAUCUAAAGAUUUUACUUUAGAAAUUUCGAAAAAUAAUGCAGAUGUACAAAGAUUGAUUUCGUCACUUCAAGGUGUAGAGUCUCAACUAUAUUUUGCUCAAAACGAUUUAUCUCAAGCUAAAUCUGUGGCUGCCAAGUAUGUAAUGACUUGCUUAUGUGAAUUAAAAGCUCAACUAGUUGGAGUUCAAUCUACUAUAGAAAAUGUUGAUGUCAUUCAAGCUGCUGAUGUUGUUACAGCUAUAGAAUUGAUUUCAAAACCUGUUCUUCAAAUCAAUGAAAUUUUGAAAACAAUUACCGAUGAAUUACCUUUCGGUAAAUUGGACAAUUCAAUUAAUCAACUUCAAAACAAACUAGAGUCAAUCAAGCGAAUGUCUAUUGAUAAUCCGAGUGCCGACCGUUUUGUGAAUCCUCUAGGUCAACUUCACAAAGAAAUUUCAGAAAUACAAGAAUUGACUAUCGAAGAAAUAGUAACUCCAGUUCAAUUUAAGAAAAUCGAAGAUCUAAUUAGUGCCGUUGGUGAAACUGCAAAUUAUUUAGAGUCAACUAAAGAGAGUUUAUCGAUCAACAUAACACCCUCGGUAGAUAGUUUGAAAGAAAAAGUACUUAACAUUCAAGUUACAUUAAACGACAAUUUGAAGGGAGAAGAAACAUGGAAAACGGUUUGCACAAAGAUAUCAGAUUCUGUAGACGAAUGCGUCUCCACAUUGGAUUCUGUGUGUAAGAAAUUACCAGCCGAGAUUAUUAUUGCAUCCUUAAAGGAACCUACAGCUGAAAUCGAAUCGUUAGCAACAAUAAUCAGUACAAUUAACAGUGAACCGUUGGUUACACCUGUGGAAAAUCUCCGAAGUUCUGUUAAAUCGUUGGAAGCUUUGAUAAUCAAUGAUCCCACACAUAGCAUACCAAAGAAUACAAAAGAAAUUAAGGCACUAACUGCAUCGUUAAAAGAAGUUGUUAAAAACUUAACUCAGUCAUAUCCGAAAGGAGAAAUAACGAAGCCAACUUUAAAGCUGCUUGAAAGAAUUGCACAAAUUCAAACACAUACUCAACAAAACGUAUCUGUAGAACCCAUAUCACUUGCGAAAGUCGUAUCGGGCAUCGCAGUGCCACUGAAGGAAAUCAAUAAUUGUUUAUUGAUGCCUAUUGUAGUGGACCUUGUAGAUGAAAUAGUUUGUGAUGAAUUGGCAACUGAGAUUAUUGGCGACGAAAGUGAAACUGACAAUGAAAACGCAAAAGUCACUCCAGAGGAGAUUGUUCCUAAAGAAUGUGAAUCAGUUGAAAAUAAAUCGCAAAAAACUGAUUUAGAUAGUGACCAAGUGGCAAAUUCUGAGCCUGAAAAGCCCUCCAGAAAAACGAAAACAGAGACACAGAAUGAAGGAUCUGUGAAAGAAGCAACUGAAGAAGCUGGCGAGGAACUUGAUAGUACUGAAAAACAAAUAUCUUGUGAAGAACAGAUACAACCAGACACAACUACGGAACCUCAAAAACCUUCAAGGAAAUCUAAGAAAGAUCGUAAAAGCAGUCAGGAUGAUGGUGAGAAUGUCGAAAAGCCAAAGCGUAGAUCUAAGAAAGGUAAGGAUACCGUUGAAGAAAGAAGGCGCUCUGACGAUAUAAAUCAAGAUGAAAACAAAGAAGAUUCUGACAUGAAGAAGACCGAAAACAUUCAGAUUAAGAAGGAAGAUAUGGAAAAACUCACAGUCGACAAAAAAGACGUAGAAAAGAAGGAAGCAGAAAAAAUCGAAGCUGUUAAGAUUGAAGCAGAUAGCAAGAAUGCUGAAAAAUUGGAGAAUGUAAAGAAAGACGCCGAAAAGAUCGAAGCACAAAAGAAAGAAGAUGAAAGGAAGGAAGUAGAAAAAAUGGAGGCUGAAAAGAUUGAAACAGAUGGGAAGAAUGCUGAAAAGUUGGAGGCUGAAAAGAAAGAGGCAGAGAAGGUUGAAGCUAAGAAGAAAGAAGCGGAGAAAAAAGAAAAGAAAGACGCCGAAAAGGACGAAGCACAAAAGAAAGAAACGGAACGAAAAGAAGCUGAAAAAACUGAAGCAGAAAAGAUUGAAGCAGACAAAACGAACAUUGAAAAGUUGGAGAAGGAAAAUAUCGACGCACAAAAGAAAGAAGAUGAAAGGACGGAAGCAGAACAAUUGGAGGCAGCUAAGAUCGAGGCUGAAAAGAUUGAAGCAGAUAAAAAGAACGCUGAAAAAUUAGAGGCUGAAAAGAAAGAGACAGAGAAGGUUGAAGCUAAGAAGAAAAAAACGGAAAAGAAAGAAAAAGAAAAAAAAGAGGCCGAAAAGAUCGAAGCACAAAAAAAAGAAGCUGAACGGAAAGAAGCAGAAAAAAUUGAGGCAGCUAAGGUCGAGGCUGAAAAGGUUGAAGCAGAUAAAAAGAAAGCUGAAAAAUUGGAGAAUGAGAAGAAAGAGGCUGAAAAGAUUGAAGCACAAAAGAAAGAAACUGAACGGAAAGAAGCAGAAAAAAUCGAGGCAGCUAAGAUUGAGGCUGAAAAGAUUGAAGCAGAUAAAAAGAACGCUGAAAAAUUGGAAAAUGAGAAGAAAGAGGCCGAAAAGAUCGAAGCACAAAAGCAAGAAGCUGAACGGAAGGAAGCAGAAAAAAUUGAGGCUGAAAAGAUUGAAGCAGAUAGAAAUAAUGCUGAAAAAUUGGAGAAGGAACAGAUCCAAGCACAAAAGAAAGAGAAAGAACGGAAGGAAGCAGAAAAAAUUGAGGCUGAAAAGAUUGAAGCAGACAGAAAGAACGCCGAAAAAUUGGUGGCUGAAAAGAAAGAGGCAGAGAAGGCCGAAGCUAAGAAGAAAAAAGCAGAUAAGAAAGAAAAAGAACAGAAAGAGAACGAAAAAAUCGAAGCACAAAAGAAGGAAAUUGAACAGAAAGAAGCAGAAAAAAUUGAGGCAGCUAAGAUUGAGGCUGAAAAGAUUGAAGCAGAUAGAAAUAAUGCUGAAAAAUUGGAGAAGGAACAGAUCCAAGCACAAAAGAAAGAGAAAGAACGGAAGGAAGCAGAAAAAAUUGAGGCUGAAAAGAUUGAAGCAGACAGAAAGAACGCCGAAAAAUUGGUGGCUGAAAAGAAAGAGGCAGAGAAGGCCGAAGCUAAGAAGAAAAAAGCAGAUAAGAAAGAAAAAGAACAGAAAGAGAACGAAAAAAUCGAAGCACAAAAGAAGGACAUUGAACAGAAAGAAGCAGAAAAAAUUGAGGCAGCUAAGGUCGAGGCUGAAAAGAUUGAAGCAGAUAAAAAGAACGCUGAAAAAUUGGACAAUGAGAAGAAAGAGGCCGAAAAGAUCGAAGCAGAAAAGCAAGAAGCUGAACGGAAGGAAGCAGAAAAAAUUGAGGCUGAAAAGAUUGAAGCAGAUAGAAAUAAUGCUGAAAAAUUGGAGAAGGAACAGAUCCAAGCACAAAAGAAAGAGAAAGAACGGAAGGAAGCAGAAAAAAUUGAGGCUGAAAAGAUUGAAGCAGAAAGAAAGAACGCCGAAAAAUUGGUGGCUAAAAAGAAAGAGGCAGAGAAGGCCGAAGCUAAGAAGAAAAAAACAGAUAAGAAAGAAAAGGAACAGAAAGAGAACGAAAAGAAGGAAACUGAACGGAAGGAAGCAGAAAAAAUUGAAGCAGCCAAGAAUGCUGAAAAAUUGGAAGCUGAAAAGAAAGAGACCGAGAAGGCCGAAGCUACGAAGAAAAAAGCAGAACAAAAAGAAAAGGAAGAGGCCGAAAAGAUCGAAGCACAAAAGAAGCAAACUGAACGGAAGGAAGCAGAAAAAAUUGAGGCUGAAAAGACUGAAGCAGAGAGAAAGAACGCUGAAAAAUUGGAGAAUGCAAAGAAAGAGGACGAAAAGAUCGAAGCACAAAAGAAAGAAACUGAAAAGCUUCUUCUGCAAUCCGAAACAUGCAUGAAAAAUACAGUUACCGCUAUCGCAAAUUGUCUUAAACAAAUUCAAACAUAUUCCAAGAAGAAACAAGUUGAUUUAAAAAAUGUUUCACCACCAAUCAAUGACCUUAAGGAAUGUGUUGAGGAUCUAUCAUUACAGCUCCAGACAGUGAAUAAAAAUUUGUGUACCAAAGCCGAUCCGAUUUCCAGUUAUAUUGCUAAGGGCUUAUCAAAACUUCGAUCAGAAUUGUUGGACAAUAGAUCGCUCUUAGAGAAAAAUGAUACCAUAUUGAUCAGCGAUCUCGUCAAUGCUAUUGAAAGAAUAUCACCACUAAUGGCUCAAAUUUCCGACGUUGUCAAUAAUUUAGAUGAAACAUCAACAUACUCCAACGUGUCUGCGUCCAUGAAUACCUUAAAUUCGCGAAUUGAAAAAAUGAUCGAAACAUCGCUUACGGUCCCGAAGGUGAAUCCUCUUAUAGCACCUACGACAACGCUAUUAGAAACCGUAAAGUUAACUCAAGAAGUAAUACUUAAAAAUACUGAAAACGCCGUUGGAACUGAAGACAUCAGCAACAUGUCGAAAUUGAUCAAAUCAGUUGAAGACCAAAUGGCAAAUGCUAAAUCGAACCUUUCUGAAGAUGCCUUUGCAUCUUAUUUUUUGAAAUUGAAGAGUGAAAUUGUAAAAAUGAAAAAGGCUACAGCUGCUACAAAGUCCAUAGAUCGAAACACAACGAAAGAAGCAGUAACUGCCAUUGCUGAAGGACUUCAGAAAAUUCAACCGAUACUCGAAACUUUCUUCAAGAAGAUCUGUUCUGAAGAGUUAACGAAAUUGCUUCAAAAACCAAAAUGUGAAGUUGAUAAUUUGUUGGACGUUAUUGGAAAAAACAAUAUUUCACUGCUAAUAGAACCUGCAGAUAAACUUAAGAAAACACUUCAAGCAUUUGAAAAGUUCAUUGUGAAUGAACCGCUACAAAAUAUAUCCAAGAAAACUAAGGAAGUGAAGGAUCUCAUUUCGUCAUUAAAAGACACCGAACAAAGGCUAAAGGACACUUUCCCAAAAGAUCCAAUGCUUCAAUUUACGCAACAGUUGUCAGAGGUCGUUGCUAAAGUUCAAAGUGUUGUUGAGCGAUCUAUAUCGCCAAACGAAUUCGCGAAUAUCAUCGUUACAUUAGCAGCUCCCCUAAGUGCCUUGAAUCAAUGUCUAGAAGAGAACAGUAAAAAAGAUCAAACUGAAAAAGAGAAAAGGUCAGCAGAGGAACAGGAAGCAAAGAAAAAAGGUGCGAAAGAGGAGCAGGCAAAAAUUAAAUUAGCUGAGGAAAAUGUAGAUGACGAAAAAGUGGCUGAGAAAAAGUUGGCUGAAGUGAAAGUGCCUAAUCAAAAGCUGUCUAAAGAAAAGGCGUCUGAAGAAAAGGCGUCUGACAAAAAGGCGUCUGACGAAAAGGCGUCUGACGAAAAAGCGUUUGAAAAUACGACAUCUGAAGAAAAGGUGACUGAUGGAAAACUGCCUGAAGAAAAAGUAACUAAGGAAAAUGUAUCGGACAAAAAUGACAAUGUAAAGAGCGAAAAGGAACACAACGAUUCUAAUGUAACUGUGUCGAAGCCAGAUUCAGAUAAGCCGAAAGGAUCACGAGGAAGAGCUAAAUCUAAGAAAAAACCCGUAUUUGAAAGCAAUUUAACUUCUCGAACAUCAUGCGAAGGAUCCUCCAUUAAAUUGUCAUGUAGCUAUAGCGGAUCUGAUGCGAAAGUGUUGUGGCUUAGAAACGGUGCUCUUCUAGGUAAAGAUUCUCGCUAUGUUUUGAAUGAUUCCGAUGGUUUCGUAACAUUGGAAAUUAAUUCUCUCACUGUUGAUGAUUCUGGAAAGUAUUUCUGUGUUGUUAACAAUGAGAAUGGCGAAGCUGAAACCAGCUGCACUGUUACAGUGUUUAAGGAAGUGGAAGACGUAAAAGUCGAUGAUCCGACUAAGAAACAGACUGCGGAACUGUCGAAACAAGAGAUAGGAAAUAAUGAAAAUCUUCAUCAACGAACAGAUGCACCGCAAAAUGGUGUUCAAAAACAUAAAGUUACUGAUGAAAUUCCAAAACCCAAAGCCGCAGAUACAGUGAACAAUGUUAGCAAUGGAAAAGACCAUGCUCCCUCAGAGACGAAAAAACUUAGAACUGACCAAAAAACUCGAGAGUCAAAACGAAAACCUACAUUCGAUUCAAGAUUAACCAAUCGGACAUCUGCUGCUGGAUCACCCAUCAAACUUACUUGCAGUUUCUCUGGCUCUAAUGUUAGAAUAACAUGGCUGAAAGAUGGAAAUUUAUUAGAAAGUGGUUCGAAGUAUGCAAUUCAUGAAGACGAUGGUCUCACGACAUUAGAUAUUCAACAUCCGACCGUUCAAAUGUCAGGCAUUUAUGUGUGCAUUGCAAGUAAUGCCAAUGGCGAAGUUGAAACCAGUUCGAUAGUGACGAUAUAUGAGAAAGCUGCAGAGGUAUUAACAUCGCCGCCAAUAUUUUCGUCUGGAAUGCGUGAAAUCGAGCGAAUAAUGGAGGAACAAGACGUCGCACCAACCGUAGUGGUAGCACCGCCAACUGAAAAGAAAAUUCGUAUGAAAUCUCCGUCUCCGGGAUUCCGCGGUCGCAGCCAAACUCCAAUCCGUGGCCGAAGUAUGACACCUUUAAUGAGAUUUCGCGAAAAAAGUGCAACACCAAUGGAUCCGAUGACAUGGAGAAGUAUAACUCCAUUUAUUCAGCGAGAAGAGGUGGAGAAAACGCCCUUCGAAAUUGGAUCGAACAUCAUCUUGCAAUUGGCCUCUUAUAAGGCUAUCAUUGAUAAAGCCUGUGUGAUGGAUAUUUCCGCUGAAGAGGAGCCGCUCGCAAAGUAUAUUCUAUCGGAGCACUCGGUUAUUGAUAGAGCUGCUGUUAUGGAUAUCUCAAAUGUGGAAAUUAUCUACGUUGAAGAUGACUUUAUUGAUGAAUGUGAAUCGGAUGCUUCAUCGGUUCGGGAAUCUGAGUCUCGUGAAUCAUCCGUUAUGGAUGAAAGGCCAUCAGAAGAAGGUGAAGAAAAGCCAGAAGAGGAGGAAGUUUCCGAGAAGAAGAAAAAGAAGGAGAAGAAAGUGAAAAAGGCUCCGAAGAAGAAAGAGAAAAAAGAGAAAGAACCAUCGCCACCGAAGCUAAAACUUGAUUUAGGUGGUCCACCUCCGCCGAAAGUCAAUAAAGCAAAACUCUUUGAACAGCAACAAAAAGCAGCUGCAGAAGCCCCAAUGAGUAAGCCUCCACCGAAGAAAAGUGGAAAACUUGCAGGAGCUCUUGCUGCCAUGCAACAACAAGAAGCUGCUGCAAAGGAGGCUGAGCUUCAGCGACAGCAAAUCGAAGAAAAGAUGAAACAAAUGAAAGAAGAACAAGCUAAUAAGCAACAGCAAGAAGAGGAAGAAGGAGAAGGCGAUGGAGAAGAAAGAGGAAGUCAAAUAGACUCUGAAUACAGGUCUAGAUCCGGAUCAGGCUCCAGAUCGGGCUCCGAAGACGCCGGAUCGAAUGUUGAGGAACAAGAAGAUGAAGACAACAACGAGGAGGCAGAAGGCGAAGAAGAUGAAGACGAAAGUGGUGCUGAAACAGAAUCAUCUAUAGAAAACUUUACUCGUCCAGAUAAUGACUACGGUGAGUGGGAUAAAUACGACGAUCAGCAAGGCGUUAUCCGUUCCAAAUACGAACGAAAGAAACAUAAGAAAAUGAGCGAACGUGAACGAGAUAUUGAGUGGCAAAAAGCACGCGAAGCAGCACGUUAUCCCCGAAUUCAUGCUCACUUAAAGGAUAGUGCUAUUGAAGAGGGACACAGUAUUAAAUUAACGUGUACAGUGUCCGGACCCGAGUUAAAUAUAAAAUGGUUGAAAGACGGUCAUCCAUUGGAAAAGUCUCCCAAGUAUCGAGUACUUGUCAACGAGGGUAUCGUCAGUUUGGAAAUUUUACGGACCUUACCCAGCGAUUCCGGUGAAUACACCUGCGCUCUGUCAAAUAACAAUGGUGAUGCAAGCACCACCGCCAUUGUUACCAUUUAUGAUGUGAUAAAGGAUGAUCCUACUCCUCCUACAUUUACGUUGGUUAGAGACUAUUAUCACUUAAACGAGGAUGUUCUUGGAAUCGAAGUACAUUGUACAGGUACACCACGUCCAAAGAUUACAUGGAUUCGUGAUAUGGUGGAAGUAGUACCAAGCUACAAGCACACGUUGCUGGAGGAGGCUCACGGUGUUUAUAAAUUGGAAAUUUACAAACCAUCAUUCAAAGACAACGGACGUUACAUGUGCAGGGCCGAAAACGUAAUGGCUGAAGAGGAAAUCACUCACAAUGUUUCGUUUAUUAAGCCGAAACAUUUCCACAUCAGAGGCAUUCAGCACGCUCACAGCGAACUAAUGAAAGAGAAGGAAGAAGCUGCUAAACGAGCCAUGGAGGAAGCGCUAAGAGCCAAGGAAGAAUACGAAAUGAGACGCACCGGUAAACUACCGCCGCGGUCACGACCUGAACCCGAACAACAUUGCUCGCAAAAAGAUCGACUUAAAUUUGCAACUCAACUUCGAGAUCGCACUGCAAUCGUUGGUAAUAAGGUUAAAUUCACCGUCUCAGUCGUUGGACCUGACCCCAAUAUUCGGUGGUUCAAAGAUGGCAAUCCCAUCGUCUAUGGACCAUCAAUUCGCAAUUCGACUGCUGAUGGCAUGAGCAUACUUGAAAUGACCCACUUAACAGCAGAUCAAACGGGCGAAUAUCGAUGCCAUGCUAGAAAUGACCAUUCUGAGGUAUCCACUUCGUGCUAUUUGAAAAUUUACGAAGCAAAAUCUGCUGGAGACAAGGAAGCACCACUCUUCGUUUUAUCUAUGCGAGAUGUUUAUCAUACGCAAGAAAAUGAUUUGGUAAUCGAUUGUAAAGUGCGUGGUAAUCCAAGGCCAAUAAUAUUUUGGCAGAAGGACGAACUACCAAUUGAAUUCGAUGAACGCACUCAACAAAUAGAGCACGGUGACGGCUUAUGCGAAUUGAUUAUAAAUAAACCAACAACGAAGGACAGUGGCAACUAUGCAUGUACUGCAACGAAUGCCAUUGGGAGUCAGAAAAUUGUUCACAAAGUGGAAUUCACACCACAGCCGUCGAGUCGUCGUGAUUCGGGAAUGCAGUCGGAUACUGCUAGCGAAUCGGGUAGGGGAAAAGGUGAUGCGACAGGUGCAGUAACGGGUGUUGAAAGUGGCGCCGAGAGUAGUGCAACACAAGCAGCUGGUAAAGGAGGUAAGCGUCCACCACGUCCGAAAGCUGAACCAGCACCAGAAGAAACAAUGUCUCGCCGAUCGGCUGGUCCAACAUUUGAAGAGCUACAGAAGGCAGCCAGAAAUAAAUUAUCUUUCGUCACACAUCUUACCAACCGUGUGUUUGCUGAGGGAUCGAAAGUUAAAUUGUCUUGUGUGGUGCAAGGACCCGAUCCUAACGUCAGAUGGCUUAAAGAUGAAAAUCCAUUGGUUUAUUCAGCGAGAGUGAAAAAUCUUAGUCGUGACGGCAUGUGUGUCCUGGAAAUCGACAAAUGUACUCCAGACGAUUCUGGCGAUUAUAAAUUGAUUGUUCGAAAUCAAGAUAGCGAUAUUUCGAGUGGUUGCACUUUACAAGUAUAUGAAGUGUCUCAAAGCAGCGAUUUUGCUCCGACAUUCACGCGAGCACCUAAACAUACGUACCAUUUGAAUACCAACGAAAUAUAUUUAGAAACUCAUGUUCGAGGCCAGCCAAUGCCGAAAGUUGAGUGGGUCAAGGAUGGUGUUACGAUUGCGAAAGAGGAUGAAAAAUAUCAUCAAAUCGAUCAUCCCGAUGGCACUUGUGAAUUGAUUGUUAAUUUUCCCAAGCCAAACGACAGUGGCAAAUACGUGUGCAAAGCAUACAAUCGGGCUGGUGAAUGUUCUGUUCAACACUCCGUUCUGUUUGAAGGCAAAGCGGCCCAUAUUAUUGAUAACAGACAUCGUGUAUACCAUUCGGAUCCGGACCAUUUAGCGAAAGCCAAAACUGAGUUCCCAGAAAAGGCUCGUGAAAAUGGAGUUACUGAACCGAAACCCGAACCGGAAGAGGAAAAGGGUAAAGGAAAAGGACGUGGAAGAGGUUCUAAGGGAACUGGUUCAGCUCAAAACACAAGAACUGAAUCGUCUCCUGUCCCCGAACCGACUCCAGUUGUUACAAGACAAAAAGAACCACCGCGUGAAUCGAAGAAAACCAUCUACUUUGCGUCGAAAUUGUCUGAUCGUGUCGUCGCUGAAGGCUCAAAGGUUAAACUUACUUGUUACUUGGACGGCAGUGAUCCUUCCAUUCGUUGGUUCAAAGAUGAGCAGCCUGUUGUGUAUACGCCGAAAUGUCGUCAAUCCAACCUCAAUGGUGUUUGCUGUCUUGAGUUUACAGCUGUUGCGGAAGCAGACAGUGGAGUGUAUAGAUGCUAUGCACGAAAUACAACUGGCGAAGUUUCAACAUCCGCCAAGUUGGAGGUGUUCCCAAGUCCUGGCUCACCCGAUUCUGCACCAACGUUUACUAGAUCAAUAAAGGAUACGUAUCACACUCAAUUAAACGAAGUAAAAUUGAGUUGCCAUUGCCGGGGUUUUCCAACACCAGCAAUAACUUGGGUUAAAGACGGAGUCACCAUUGAGCCAAGUGAAAAGUAUCUAAUUGAAGAUAAAGAGGACGGAACCUGUGAGUUGACCAUCAAUUAUCCAAACAAACAGGAUAACGGAAAAUAUGUCUUGCAAGGAGAAAACCGCGCCGGAAAAGCGGAAAUUUCUCACCUUGUCCAGCUUCAAUUAAAAGAUGCACCACCAAGGUUACCACCUCCACAUCCAGCUGCUGCAGCAGCAGCUGAGGCUGAGACCAAUGGAACAAAUGGUGUGGAAGAUGAUACGAACUCACUACCGAAAGGUAGAAAGAAGGGUAAAGGAGAACGCGAAAGUGUUGCCAGUAGUACAGUUCGUGAAGGAAAUUGGGUGUCACGCUAUCAUGAAAUCCCGAUUGAUCCAAAGACAAAACUUCAUUUCGCUGCUUUCUUAACGGAUAGAACUAUGGCUGAGGGUGGAAAGACCAAGUUGUCAGCUUAUGUUGAAGGUCCUGAUCCCAACAUCAGAUGGUUGAAGGACGACAAUCCGGUUGUGUUAUCAUCAAAUUGUCGUUCACAAUUGCGUGACGGUUUAGUGACUUUAGAUAUGGCUCAAUUGAAGCCAGAAGAUUCGGGUGUUUAUAAGCUCAUUUGUCGAAAUCAGUCCGGCGAGAUUAGUUGCUCUUGUAAAUUAAUGGUUUAUGAAGUUGUUAAAGAAGAUCUUACUGCGCCAUUAUUCUCUGUGCCGAUCAAAGAUACUUAUAAUUUAAAUUCCGACGAAUUGAUACUUGAGUGUCGUGUCCGUGGAUCCAAGCCAACAAUAACCUGGACGAAAAACAAUGAAUUCAUUGAGAGCAAUGACAAGUAUCAACAAUUCGAUCAAGCCGACGGUUAUUGUAAACUGAUCAUCAAUAAUCCGGAAGAAAAGGACAGUGGACAGUAUACCUGCAAGGCAGAGAACUCAAUGUCCAGUGAUAAGGUCACUCAUAACGUUGUGUUCAACGGUCGUGAUGCUUACAUUCUCGAGAAAACUCACGGCUAUUUCCACCGUGACAUCAACAAGCCACACUUCCAAAAUGCGAUUGGUGAUCAUAUGAUAACGCAAGGCGGCGUUAUUGCACUGCAAGCUGAUAUUCUACAUGGGCCAGUUGAUGUGCAAUGGUAUCGUGAUCAUAGCCAAAUCGUGCCAGGUGAUAAGGUGCGCGCCUUCCAAGAUCAUGGUAUUCAUACGCUGAUUAUACCUGAUGCAAAACACGAAGUCAGUGGAACGUACACUUGCGUUGCAUCAAAUGCAUUCGGCAAGGUCGAAUCAGUAGGACACGUCCAUAUUGUUGGACCAUCAGUUAAGGGCGGUAAAUGUCCGUUGUUCCAAUCGCGACCAGAAACAGAAAUGUUAAUUAUGACUGGUGAUCCAUUCUCUUUUUCGUUCCGCUUAAUCGGAGAACCAAAACCGAAAUUGAUUUUCAUGAAAGGACUUAAAGACAUCACCCAAAGCGAUCGAGUGCUGAAGGAAACACAAGACGAUUAUAUUCGAUUUACCGUUCAACGAUCGAAUCCAAUGGACUCUGGUACCUACUGGAUCAUUGCUAGAAACGAACAUGGAACUGAUCGGGCAUUUGUGACGAUUACGGUCAAACAACGAGCGCGAUCAAUAACUCCAUCGUACAGCAGUUUGAGUUACCCCAUCGAUGAUUUUGCAGAUGUACAAUACCUUAAAAAUCCUCCGGAUCCAAUAUCAUCUGAGCCCAUUUGUGUUGACAGUGGUCGAAAUCACAUAAGUCUUUCAUGGGGUAAGUCACACAAGAUUAAUUCUGCACCAGUUCUGGCAUACAAAGUAGAAGCCUGGUUGAUUGGCAUCGAUGGCGGUGCUCGUUGGCAGGAGCUAGGAAUAACUCCCAUUAACAGUUUCGACGCUUUCAAUCUUCGUUCCGGUUGUGAAUACCAUUUCCGAGUCACACCUAAAAAUCGAUAUGGAUGGGGAAAAUCCACACAAACAUCCUCACCAAUAUUAAUGGGUGGCGCUCAAUGUUUACCAGAAUUUACAAAAAUUCUGCCUGGACAACUGAAGGCACUAUCAGGCAUGGAUUUCACAUUGGAAUGUUCUGUAAAAGGAACACCGAAACCUGAAAUCUGUUGGUACCGUGAUGGCGUACAAAUCCGACAGAACGAUCAAGUUUCGAUACGAUCAUUCGGAUCAAUUUGCCGUCUCACUAUCAAAGGAAUCACGGAUCGAUAUUCGGGACGCUACACAUGCGAGGCAACGAAUUGUCAAGGACGAGUCUCCACAUUUGCUAGAUUACAAGUUGUGACCGAUCCACGUAUCUAUGCAGCCGACAGUAACUUGAAAAGGAACAUCGACAGCGAUUUGGGCUCUUUAGGAGAUAUGAUACCUCAAUUUACAAUGCGACUACGCGAACGACGUAUUCAAGUAACUUACCCUGUCCGGCUAACAUGCCAGGCUGUCGGAUGGCCAUCUCCAUUAAUAACUUGGCAUAAAGACGGUGUGGAAGUCGAACAAUCUGAUCGAAUCAAAACGUUCCACGAUGGUCAAUUUAAUACUUUGGAAAUUUCAAAAACUACUCUCAGUGACACUGGCAUAUACACGGCAAGUGCGAAGAACGAAUCUGGCGAAGUAUCGUGUCACUGCAACUUAUAUGUCGACAAAGGCAUCCGGGGAUACAUUGCGCCAGAAUUUUAUUGCUCAUUCGAUCCAAUAUACAGAAUUAAAUCGGGAAAUGAAAUUCGAAUAUCUGGUCAAAUCGAGGCCUAUCCAACGGUUGGGGUCACAUGGCAGAGAAAUGGAAUUCGUCUUCGGCCUAGCAGAAGACUAACAGUCACACUCGACCAAGAGGGCUUCGUCGAAUUGGUCAUAUCCGAUGCAACACAAUGGGAUGCCGGUAUCUAUACUUGCAUCGCAUCGAAUGCAGUCGGUCUAGUCGAAAGCAACUGUCGUGUGAUAGUCGAUGAAUUGGAUGAAGAAAACAAAAUAAAAGUUCCGGAUAUUCGGAUGAAUGUUCCAUACUCCAAAGAACCAAUGUUCGUUACGAAGCCACGUUCCUCGCAAGCAUUUGAAGGUGAUACCGUUAUCAUUUACUGUGAAGUCAUCGGCGAUCCAAAACCAGAUGUUGUUUGGCUUAGAGACUUUUUAAAGCCCGAUUACUACAAAGAUGCACCACAUUUCCGACGCAUUGGUGAUGGUCCAGAAUAUCGUUUAGAAAUUCCACACGCUAAGUUAGAUUUUACCGGAACUUAUUCUGUGAUAGCCACGAAUUUUUAUGGUGAAGCGAAAGCAAUAAUUUCGUUGCAAAUCUACGCAAAAGAUUUGAACAAGUCGAACGCCAUGAACAGAGGAGGAUCAAUAAAGCAUGGAAACGUCGAAACUCUACCCAUCUUCACCCGACCAUUAAAAGAUCUUCGGUGUUGUGAUGGAGACUCGAUAACCUUAGAAUGUCACGUCGAAGCCCAGCCAGAACCAACAGUAAUUUGGGAAAAGGAUGGCAGAGUUUUACCACAUUCAAACGAUUUUCGAACACAUUUCUGCGACGAUAGAGCUACAUUGUCUAUAAGCCGUGUUUUCCCUGAAGAUGAAGGCGAAUACACAUGCGUCGCACUAAAUAACAUUGGCAAAUCGUAUACAUCGGCUUGCAUCAUUGUUGACGUACCUGAAGAGAAAGAAAACCUAAUUAGUCGUAUACUAGCCCGUCCCAGUGGAUUGUUGUCCACCAAUUCGACACCGCGAUCCACACCACGCACAACACCAGUUCGUAGCAUUUCACCGAUGCCACUUUCUUAUCGUUCCACGCGCAUAGAUUUAAGUUCGAAGCAGCACAAAUGUGCUGCUCCCAAAUUUUAUGCCAUGCCUCACAAUAGGCUAGCCGAAGAAGGUGAAACUGUUCGAUUCCAAUGUGCUAUUGCGGGUCAUCCAAUACCGUGGUCGACAUGGGAUAAAGAUGGCAAUAUUGUAACGCCAACAACGCGAAUAAACAUCAAAGAAAGAGAUGACCUACGUAUAUUGGAAAUCGAGGAGGUUACCAUGGAAGACGCUGGCCUUUACAGAAUAACAUUAGAAAACGAAUAUGGACGUAUCGAAGCUACGGCGAGAUUAGAUAUCAUUGCCAAUAAACGAAGUUCAGGCCAUGGUAUAAGAACGAGUGCAUCGCCACGGCGAAGUAUAAGCAGUUCGAGACGCAUAAUGGGAAACUCAACGAGGAUCGGUGGUCGAUUGGCAUUAGCUUGUAACUUCAGAGGAGGGUCCGUACCAAAUAAGAAAUUUUACCAUAACGGAACAGAACUGCCACCAACUGAUCGAGUUAGGACCAUUGAAAACGAUGAAACUUCCUGUCUGGUGAUUGACAAUGUCCAAGCUGAAGACGAAGGUGUUUACACUUGCAUUGGGUGCAAUGAGUUAGGAAUUGCGGCUACUUCUACAAUAGUUACCUUUAAUGAUACUCAGGAGCAUACAGCGCCUGAGUUUAUCCGUGGAUUAGGAAAAACGAUUCGAGCUAAAGAAAGUUAUGUACUGGACCUAAGCUGUUCCGUUGUUUGUUCGGAUCCAUUCGAAAUGAUAUGGCUACGAGAUGGCGAUGUCAUACCCGACUCAGACGAUUUUAGAUACAUCGACCAUGGAGAGGGUCUAAUUUCAUUACGAAUCCUAGAUCCAUUCGUAUACGAUUCCGGUCGAUAUACAUGUACUGUAUGUUCUGACCACGGCAAAUGUGAAACGUCUUGUGACGUUAUCAUUUACGAAGUAUCAGAACAAGACGAAUUUGAAACGAAGCCAGUAUUUAUUAAGUCACCCCAACCUGUUGUCGCUGCGUACGGUGCAGUUGUAUCUUUUUGUGCCAGAGUUUCACCUGUCCAUGCCAAAGUCAAAUGGAGCAUAUGCGGAAGAGCUUUGACUGAGGAUGCGCGAGGAAUCUUGAUCGAACAUCAACCGGAUGGUGUGCAUAUACUGCAUGUGUUAGGACUAGAAUACAGGCAUAGCGGAGAGAUUAAAUGUGUUGCUUAUAUUCCCACACAUCCUGAUCCAGUUGAAACGACUGUUUACACCGAUUUAGUGGUAUUACCCACAUCGUCAUCGACUGUAUCGUUAGAAACAAAUCCCAGCGAACAACCAGAAAUACCUGCAUACAUUAUUCGAGGACCGGAAGACUGCUCGGUGUUGAUUGGUGGAACUGUUACGUUAGAAGCAAUUUUUGGUGGAUAUUCACAGCCGAAAGUCAAAUGGUAUAGAGCGGGACGAGAAAUAACUGAAAGUACAAAUAUAAAAAUCCAAACAUCGCCUGGCUAUUCAUCAUUGCUACUUACUGAUAUAACGGCUGAUCAGAGCGGCAAAUACUCAAUCGAAAUUAUGAACGAACACAGUUGUGAUAUAAGCUCGGCCUCGGUUUCCGUCGAAGGUCCACCAGAUCCACCAGGAAAUCGUCCAAUUAUUUCACAAGGAUCCGAUCGGUUAUCGGUGGCAUGGUGUGGUCCACCCUUCGAUGGAGGCGUCAUGAUCACGGGUUUCAUAUUGGAGAUUCAAGAGGAAAACAACGAUUGGAUUGAAUAUUCAACAGUAGUCGAUUCAUUGGCAACUACAAUCAAAGAUUUGAAACCAGGUGUAACAUACCGAUUCCGGGUACGGGCCGAAAAUGCACAUGGACGCAGUGCACCGAGCGCUGAAAGUGACGAAGUUCGCAUCAGUUUGGGUAAUGACGUUCAAACUGUGUUCGAUGAGGAUAUCAUUGUGAAACCAGGCGGAGAUUUCAAGACACGAUUUUUAUUACAAGAAGAAUUGGGAAAGGGGAGGUUUGGUGUUGUCCAUAAAGUUGUGGAAAUUGAGAGUAAUCGUACCUUAGCUGCAAAGAUCGUCAAGUGCAUAAAGGCUGUUGACAAACAGAAGAUUCAAGAAGAAAUAUCAAUCAUGCAAUCACUACGUCAUCCUAAGUUAUUACAGUUGGCUGCAGCAUUUGAAAAUCCACGAGAAAUGAUUAUGGUCAUGGAAUUUAUUACAGGAGGCGAACUAUUUGAACGAGUUGUUGCAGACGAUUUUACAUUAACCGAACGCGACUGUAUUUUAUUUUUACGACAAAUUUGCGAAGGUGUCGACUACAUGCAUAGCAAAUCUGUAGUACAUCUCGACUUGAAACCAGAAAAUAUUAUGUGUCAUAAUCGAACUAGUCAUCAAAUAAAAAUUAUUGAUUUUGGACUGGCUCAGCGUAUCUCUUCGGAUACACCUGUCCGUGUUUUGUUUGGAACGCCAGAAUUUAUCCCGCCCGAAAUUAUCAAUUACGAACCCAUUGGCUUCCAAUCAGACAUGUGGAGUAUUGGUGUUAUUUGUUAUGUUUUGCUUUCUGGUUUAUCCCCAUUUAUGGGUGAAUCCGAUGUAGAUACAUUUUCCAACAUCACUUGUGCUGAUUUUGAUUUUGACGACGAUUCAUUCGAUGCAGUGUCGCAAGAUGCUAAGGAUUUUAUAUCCAGUUUACUUGUACACAGAAAGGAGAAACGUCUAACGGCCAAACAAUGUCUGGAAUCUAAGUGGCUGUCAGACAAGAAUGCAAAUCUGAGCACUGCGAAAAUCUGCACAGACAAAUUGAAGAAGUUUGUCAUUCGAAGAAAAUGGCAGAAAACAGGCAACGCCAUCAGAGCUCUUGGACGAAUGGCUACGUUAUCAGCAAAUUCGCGACGAAAUUCGGCAGCUUCAGCUUCUGUACCUAGCAGUCCACGUCCAUCAAUAACUGGUACUAUUAAUUCGUCAGCCAUUCAACACAUGACAUCACUGAAUGAGGAAGAAGAUAGCCCGGUCGAGAUUGAGAUCGCUAAAAAUCCAACGAUACCAGUAACUGCUGACAUGAAAAGCAAAAACAAAUCGUGUAACGAAAGAAGUGACUCUGGGUUCAGUGAGUGCUCAAACUGUAGCGAAAAAAUUCCAUGUGUUUGUUCGCAUCAAAUCAUCGACAAGAAUCUUAUAAUUACGGAGGAGCAGCAAGUUGACGACGACGACAAUGUAAAGAUCGAUACACAAUUAUCGCAUGACAUUUUACAGUUAAAACUGGAAGAAAUCGCUGAUAUACAGACCGACGAUGAUCAAGGAACUACUGACAGUCAUUCUUCGUCGAUUGCUUCCAUUCCCACUAGUUCAACCAGUCGAAAUGGGAGCGACACCGCGGAAACGAGACAACCAUACACAAUCGGUCUCAGCGAAAUUAAAAUUUCUGUGACCAGCGAGACACCAACGAAGCAAAAUCUUUCGAGGUCUUCGAGUGUAGACGUUCCUACGUCACCGGUGGACAAAGGGCCGAUAAUGCGGUCUGAUUUCACUAAUACAAUUAACAUGAGAAAGCAAUGGCUGGAGCAAAAUUCUCAGAAAGAGAAACCAGCCAUUGGACCGGUAACUCGAACUCUAAUCGAAGGUACAGGUAAGGUAUCAAUGUUGAAACAACGUUUCAGUCUUGAGAAAAUCGAAAGUGGUAACAAGAGAAAGGACAGUAAUGAUAAUACAGUGAGUACAGUUGUGAGAUCUAACCAAUCAAGCAUGACAACGGCUAAUAAUAAGCGUGCUCUUGACGGUUUAAGCAAUUCGUUAACUGAUCAUUCCAAUUCUACAAAAUUAAAUUUAGACGAACGAAAUGCUUAUGCAAAACCGAUUGAAGCGAGAUCGCCAUUACGCUUAGACGGACGAGUGAAGGAGGUGUCGACUCGUUUAACUACAACGCCGACAUCGAAUAAUGAUACGAUAAAACGAAAUGGUGGUGGACGAUCACCGAAUGGUAACAAUAACGAAAGCUUUAAAAAAGCAGCAGCAUUUUGGAAAGGCUAGUCUAAGGUCGAUAUUUUUGAUGCACAAGAUAUUUUCUAUAUAUUUUCUAUAUUUUAUGCCUUUUUCAUUUUUAAUUUUUUGAUUUUUUUUUAUUUUAAUGAGAAACGUUUAAAAAAAAGCGGGAAAACCAAAUUUAUUUUCGUUCUCAUAAAAUGUUCUUAUAAAUGAAAAUGUAAAAUGACGCCAAGUGUCAUAGUAGAAUAUCGUAAAACGUUUUGCUUGUAUUUUAUGACAUAAUUUAUUAAUCAUUUUGAAUUUACGUUUUUAUUAUCCAGCUUUCCGUAUUAGAAUCCCUUUUUUUUCUUAUUGAUUGUUUUAUCGCAAAUUAAGUUUGAUGUUAACUAUAAAAUGUUGGAAAUAUUAAAUGUUUUGCAAACCUUUAAGCCA